UCGGGUGACGCCAGCGUGCAGUCGGCGCCGGCCGACCAGCCGCGCCAGCUCACCCUACAGGAGGCGAUGGCUAUGUUCCGGCGCCAGUCGGCCCCGCCGGCAGCGCAGCCGACUUCCGCCGCCGGCAGGGUGAGCGCGCCGACGGCCACCUCUGCGCAAGGCAGAUCUCGCCCGGAGGAGGGCGAAUCGCGAUCUGAGGAGGAGGACUCACGCUGUGAGCGAGAGGGGUCAGCCUGGGAGGACGAGUCCAGGCUGGAUGAAGAGGACUCCCAUAUGGGGGACGACGGAUAUGCACUGGCUGAUGAUGUGCCGCGCUCGGAGAAUGAGUCACGCCUGGAAGGGGACGAGUCGCGCCCGGACGAGACCCGCUGGGGGGAAGAGUCGCGCCCUGAUGAUGGACCACACCCGGAAGAAGAGUCAUGUGUGGAGGAGGGUGAUUCGCGCCCCGAAGUAAACGAAUUGCAAGAAGAGGAGGAUGAGUCGCGUCGCGGAGGAGACGAAUCACGUUUGGAGGGUGGCGAUUCUCGCCUUGAAGAUGGCGAUUCGCGUGUGGAAGAGGACGAGUCUCGCCUGGAAGAAGGCGACUCUCGCCUGGAAGAGGGCGACCCUCACCUGGGAGAUGACGAGUGGCGCCCGGCUGAGGGCGCGCCGUCCGCAAAAGACGACGCGCGUGACCAGCCGGGAGAACAAAGCUCGACUUCAGUCGCCGGCUGGGACGGCGCGUCGGAUCUCUCCGCGGACGAGCGGGACGGCGGCGACUCUUCGACGUCGACGUCGAUGGCGGCGGCGGGAGGCGCCAACCAGACCGAACCGGCGCCCAGCUCGCCUGGGGACAAGUGCGGCGUGAAGCGAGAACCGGUGGGCAAGGGUCAGGCGGAGGAGGAGGCGACCGGCGCGGCCGGCGAGCCGAGCGCGCUAGUUAAGACCGAGUCGGGCGCUGUGGCCACCGAGACGCUCGACGACUCGAUCAAGGCCGAGAUCAGUCAGCUGAUCAGUGGCGCUGUGCUCGACUCAGAGCUGAUGCAGGGCGAGGUGGACGGCACAGCUGAGGACCUCUCCGAGGUCAAGGACAUGCUCAGCAUGCUGGAGGAGAAACCGGACCUGCUGAACGGUAGUGGCAGCGAGCCGGACGACGCCGACGGCGGCGACGAGCCCGACUCGUCCGACGACAGCGACGCCAGCGAGACCGAGUCGGAGUCGGGCCGGCGCGAGGCCAGCGACGGCGAUGGUGACGAGUCUGAGCAGGAGGGCGACGCGCCCGAGAGUCCCAAGCCCAAGAGGCGCAAGAAGAAGGGCCGCAAACGCAAGAAGAAGCGCGCCGAGAGCGGCGGCGACAAGAACGACGACGACGCCGGCCCGCGUAACAAGCGGCGCAACAUCCGCCAGAUAAUCACCGAGGAGAAGCUGGACUCGGAGACGCUGCGCGCGCAGGAGGAGGAGAAGGAGCGCCAGCUGCGCCUGGCCGAGCAGAAGAAGUGGUUCGAGCAGUUCAAGAAGGAGCAAGAGCGCGUAAUGGCUGAGAAGCAGCGCGAGGAAGAGGAGCGAGCCGAGCGCGAGGCCGAGGAGCGCAAGGAGCUGCCCGGCAACGACUCGGACGUGAUUGUGCUCUCUAGCGACGAGGAGAAACACGACCAGGCCAAGGCCAGGGCCGACCACGACAAGCUGCAGGCCAAGGCCAAAGACUCGGCUGGCGGCGGCGGUGGCGGCGGCGAGACGAGCGACGACGACAUCCAGCUGCUGAGCUCGGGCGAGGAGGAGAAGGACGAGGGUCCCUCCGAGGACACCAACAACUCGGGCUCGCAUACCGACGACACGUGCAACGUGCCCGACUCGCUGGGCCGCGUGCUCGUCAACGUGGGCCACCCGCCGGCCGAGAUGGACAUCUUCAUCGCUCCGCAGAUCGCGCGCAACAUCAAGCCGCACCAGAUCGGUGGUGUUCGGUUUCUGUACGACAAUGUUAUCGAGUCUCAGGAGCGAUGCAAGACCACCCAGGGCUUCGGCUGUAUACUGGCCCACUCUAUGGGGCUGGGCAAAACCAUGCAGACGGUCACGUUCUCGGACAUCUUUCUGCGCCACACCGGCCACCGGACCGUGCUCAUCAUCGUGCCCAUCAACACCAUCCAGAACUGGUUGAACGAGUUCAAUUACUGGCUGCCGGACGCCAACACGUACUCGCCGCUGGCGCAGGGCGGCGAGGUGCGGCCGCGCCACUUCUCCGUCAGCAUGCUGAACGACAGCCACCGUACGCUACAGGCGCGCGCCAAGGUGAUUGCUGACUGGUACCAGGAGGGAGGCGUGCUGCUGAUUGGCUACGAGCUGUACCGGCUGCUCAACAUCAGCUCUUCGCGCGCCGCCCGCAAGAAGAAGCGCAAGGACGGCUCGGACGACCUGGAGGCCGAGGCGCGCGAGAAGCGCCUGCUGGACGGCAUCAAGGUGGCCAUCACGCGACCGGGCCCCGACCUGGUGAUCUGCGACGAGGGGCACCGCAUCAAGAACGCCGGUGCCAGCAUCUCGCAGGCGCUGAAGAGCAUCCGCACGCGUCGCCGGCUGGCACUCACCGGCUACCCGCUGCAGAACUGCCUGGUCGAGUACUGGUGCAUGGUGGACUUUGUGCGGCCCAACUUCCUCGGCACCAAGGCCGAGUUCAACAACAUGUUCGAGCGGCCCAUCUCCAACGGCCAGUGCGUGGACUCGACGCCGUCAGACAUCCGUCUGAUGCGGUUCCGGGCGCACGUGCUGCACUCGCUGCUGGAGGGUCUGGUGCAGAGGCGAAGCCACGCGAUCCUGCAGGCGACGCUGCCCAAGAAGGAGGAGUACGUGUGCCUGCUGCGCAUGACCCCGCUGCAGCGCGCCCUCUACCAGCGCUACAUACUCGACCUGACCUCGCGCAACGGCCACUCGCCCAACCCGCUGCGCGCCUUCGUUGUCAGCUGCAAGAUUUGGAACCACCCGGACAUCCUGUACAACCUGCUGAAGAAGAAAAUGGCGGACGACGACCUGGACCUGGACGAGACGAACGACAGCAGCGGCACGCCGGGCCGCGGCCGCCGACCAGCUGCGGCGCCGCCGGCCGCUGGACCGGCUGGACCCGCUGGUCCCGCCGGUCCCCCCUCACAGAUGCCACUCGACUCGAACCCGUUCGAGAAGGCGCCCAAGGAGGACGGCUUCAUCAACUACGACUGGGCCCAGGACAUGAUGCAGGGCUACAUUCCCGGCCAGAUAGAGAACUCCACCAAGAUGAUGGUGUUCAAAGUGCUGCUGGAGGAGACGGUCCGGCAGGGCGACAAGAUGCUGCUGUUCAGCCAGUCCCUGUUCACGCUCAACAUCAUCGAGGAGUUCCUGCAGCAGACGCUGGUGCCGGGCCGCAAUGACAAGUGGAUGCUGAACCACACCUACUUCCGUCUGGACGGCUCCACCACCGGCCUGGAGCGCGAGAAGCUCAUCAGCGAGUUCAACGCCAACCCGGCCGUGCCGCUGUUCCUCGUGUCGACGCGCGCCGGCAGCCUGGGUGUCAACCUGGUGGGCGCCAACCGCGUGCUGGUGUUUGACGCCUCCUGGAACCCCUGCCACGACACGCAGGCCGUCUGCAGGGUCUACAGGUUCGGCCAGCAGAAGCAGUGCUUCAUCUACCGGCUGGUGACGGACAACUGCCUCGAGCGGCGCAUCUACGACCGCCAGCUCAAGAAGCAGUCCAUGUCCAACAGGAUCGUUGACGAGACCAACCCGGAUAACAUGGUCACCACGCAGAACCUGAACCGGCUGUUGGACCCAAAUGAGGAUGACCCGCCGCCGGCCGCCAUCUCGCCCGAUCCGGACAAGUACGACGACCCGGUUCUGCUCACCGUCAUCGAGCGGCUUGGCCACCUGUUCUCCAGGUGGGACUCCGCGCGCGCGCGCACCCGGCCCGCCGAGCCGUUCGAGCACGACGCCCAGCUGGUGGACCGACAGGACAAGCGGCUGACUCAGGCAGAGAAGCGACUGGCCAAGCGCAGCUACGAGCUCGAGAAGAAGGCGGCCAACACGGGCGGCUACAACCGGCCCAACUACCAGGCCUACCACCCCCGCCAGGGGCCCGGCUCGCUGCCCAUGUACAGGGGAAUGUACAACAAGCCGGUGGCGAACGUGCGUCCGAUGAUGGUGGGCGGCCGGAUGGUGCAGCGGCCGGGCGUGGGCCAGUUUGGCCCGUCCCGGCUCUCCACGGAGCAGCUGACCCGCCAGGGCGUCUCCAUGUCGCACAUCACCGUGCCCAAAGAUGUGACCAUACCGACGGGCUCCGGUGACGGCGAGCCCAUCCACCUGCGCGCCGGCCAGACGGUGCUCGUCAUCCGCACGGCCAAGGGCGUCUACCUGCGCCUGCAGGACGGCCGCAUCAUCGCCAUCCGCAUGCCGCCCGGCGCAGAGGGCCGGAGCGUGCCGGACCUGCUCAACUCGAACCGCUAUCCAGGUCAGGUGCUGGCCGAGGAGGCGGUCGGCAAGCCGAGCAACCAGCAAACGGACAGCGAGCUUAUGGACACUCACAUUUUCGACCUGAGUCACAAACCUGGCUUGAGUAAGCGGCCGGGGCCGGAAACCAGCGACCAGUCGCUCGAGCUGCAGGCGUCGCGCCUGUCGCAGCAGCACCUGUCCCCGCCGGCGCAGAUGGGCGGCAUCGACGACCUGAUCGCGGGCUUCGACUUGAGCCGGCCGGCGUACAGCGCGCCGGCGCAGAUUCCGGCGUUCCCGGGCGGCGGCAGCGCGCCGCUGCCGUCGUUCUCGACCGUGUCGCAGCUGCCGCUGCCCUCGUUUUCGAGCGUGUCGGGCGGCUCGACCGAGCCGGCAUUCGGGGCGCCGCCGUUCUCGGCCGGGUUCGGCCUGCCACAGCAGCGGUUCGAGCCGUACCACAGCGAGGCGACGGCGGCGGCGGCGGCGGCCGACUACGCGCUGCAGAUGGCGGGCCCGGCCGGCGAGCCCGCCUUCCGUCGGCCGCAGUAG